CCAUCCCUUCCCCACCUUCUCUCUCUCUCUCUCUCUCUUGCUUGUGCGUGCAUGUCUGCAAUGGAAUCAAGCCAGCCUGAAAACGAGAUAGACCAUGAAUUCCUUCCCUUCCUUCGGGUAUACAAGGGUGGACGCGUAGAAAGGCUUGUAGCCACCGAUUUUAGUCCAGCCUCUAUCGAUCCCCAAACCGGUGUUUCAUCCAAAGACGUCAAAAUAUCACCAAACUCCGGCGUCUCCGCCCGUCUCUACCUCCCCAACCUCACCCACAUCAACCACAAGCUUCCCCUCCUCAUCUACUUCCACGGCGGAGGUUUCCUGGUUGCCUCUCCAUUCGCUUCCAUAUACCACCACCACUUGAACUCCAUAGUCGCUGAGGCAAACGUUAUCGCUGUCUCUGUAGACUAUAGACUUGCUCCAGAGCAUCCCAUCCCAGUAUGCUACGACGAUUCUUGGGCUGCCCUUCAAUGGGCUUUUUCCCACUCUUCCGGUCACAGAGAUGGGUCGGACCAGACUGAACCGUGGUUGACGAACCACGCUGACUUCGACCGGGUUUUCUUUGCUGGGGACAGUGCUGGUGCCAAUAUCGCCCACAACUUGGCUAUGAGAGUGAGGGCCGAGCUGGGUGUGGAACUUCUUGGAGUUGCUCUGCUCCACCCUUAUUUCUGGGGCUCAGAUCCCAUAGGGUCCGAGUCUACAGAGCCCAUAAAAAAGGCAUUUGUGGACCGGGUCUGGCCUUACGUGUGCCCAUCGAACCCCAACCAUGAUGACCCUAGAAUCAACCCGGUGGUUGCCGAUAGUCCGAGCCUGGUGGGGCUUGGGUGCAGCCGUGUGCUUGUGUUUGUGGCAGAGAAGGAUAUAUUGAGGGAUAGAGGGUGGCUUUACUAUGAAGAAUUGGGGAAGAGCGGGUGGAUGGGAGUUGUGAAGAUUAAAGAGGCAAAAGAGGAGGAUCACGUCUUCCAUCUCCUCAAACCAGAAUCCGAGAAAGCUAGGGAUUUGGUUACACAAUUGGCCCUCUUCUUGAAUCUGGAAAGGCCUCCCUUACCGUGACGAUUGUUCUAAUUAAACUUCUAAUGGGUUGU